GUUUCAUUACAGUAGUCACAGAUGGCUGAGCAGAGGAGCACGAGCAGUGUUGGAGCAACAGGCAGCAGGGGCCGGAUCACCAGCAGCACCCUGCACACCCCCAAUCACACAUCAGAUGGAAAGAGGUACCGUCCAGGUGAAUCAGGUUUCACUAACAACCAGCGGCUUGUUCUGGGAUACCGUCCCCCUUUGGACCUCAUUGACAACCCUCAAUAUGGGUCACUUCUAUUUGACAAUUAUAUUACUCAGACCAAAUGGCAUUACCAGCCUUAUGUUUAUAAUGAUGGCUCUGGGUCAAAACCAAGUCUGUUCUACAAAAGAGAAAGUGGAUUCUUUCAGCUGAAUGUGCCCCCUAAGCCACUGUGCCAGAAUGAGAAGUCAGAAUACCAAAGCCUAUAUGUGACACAUCCUCUAGUACCAACAGAAAAAAUUAUAAAUAUUGGUCUAAAAGGAGAUUCAGGCUUCACAAAAGGAGAGGACCUGCAGAUCAACACGUUUACAAACAAAACCUGUACCCCGUUUGAGGCUCGAUAUACCCACAACACUGUCAUGAAGACCGACUUCCAGGCCCCCUCUCAUUUGCAGGGGUCAAAGGUCAUCCCCAACCUGCGCAGCCAUGCAUGUCGAGAAACAGGCUACACCCGAGGCACUAACGCUCCCCUGGCCUGUCCAAGCUCCCUCCUGCCCUCUCCAUGGAGGACUCAAGCCCCCAGUCUCCUGAAGACCACAGGGAAAAAGGAGCCAUCAGGAUUCCUCCACAAUGCCCCAAACCAUAGGACAUUUCCUCUGACCCCACAGCACAGCUCCCAUUUCCUCACUCACUAUGACAACGUGUUUGGUCCAGUUUCUGGUCUGAGAGCCAACGUGAGCAGUACUGGUGUAAUCCUCCAUAACAAAUUGAAAACAAGCUAUAAUCAACGUGAUACUGACAGGUUAAUCUUCAGGGACUCAACCUUUAUAUAG